AUGGAUCCUGAGCCUGAAAAAAGCGCCGAAAUUGCGACAGUGAAUAAAAAGAAUACAAAUAGCCACAGCAACAAUGGCCAGCCUGUCAAGCAAGUGGCUAGAGUGCAAGCAGACACGGUUAACCAGUACCCAACCGGCCUGCGUCUCAUCCUACUUGCUGGAGCAUCCAUAAUGGGUGUCUUUCUGAUAUCUCUAGACCAGACCAUUGUGGGCACAGCAAUUCCUAAGAUCACGUCCGAUUUUGGUGGUUUGAGUGACGUGUCCUGGUACAGCGCCGCCUACUUCAUGACAUUUGGCGGGCUCGAGGCGUCAUGGGGCAAGGCAUUCAAGUAUUUCGACAUCAAGUGGACCUUUAUCCUGUCCCUGGCCAUCUUCGAGGUCGGCAGUCUGAUAUGCGCCCUUGCGCCGAAUUCAGUGGCUCUAAUCGUUGGCCGGGCCGUUGCCGGUGUCGGUGCUGCAGGUAUCUCAGUCGGCGGCACGAGCAUUGUGGCUUUCAGCACUCCGCCAAAGACGCGACCGGUCCUCAUGGGAUUCAUUGGCCUGACGUACGGCCUGGCUUCUGUUUUGGGUCCUAUCAUUGGCGGCGCCUUCACUGAACGCGUCACCUGGAGAUGGUGCUUUUGGUUGAACCUGCCGGUUGGAGGAGUAGCCAUCGCCAUUGUCCUAUUCUUCUUCCAUCUCCCUGCCGCCGCCCGACCCCCUCCGAUCAGCUUGAAGCAUAAACUGCUUCAUUUGGACCCUGUAGGUAUCGCUCUCACAAUGGCGGCCAUCAUUUGUUUUAUUCUCGGGCUCCAGUAUGCAGGCACAGUUUAUCCCUGGCGGAGCAACCAGGUCGUCGGUCUACUCGUGGGGUUUGGCCUCUUGACAAUAGCCCUCGUCAUCUGGUCUAUCUAUAUUGACGAGUACGCCAUGCUGAUCCCGCGCCUUUUCAAGAAGCGGACGCUUUAUUCAGUAUGCCCUUACCAGUUCUUCUUUCUGGGGGAUCUCAUUCUGCUGUUGUACUAUUUGCCCUUAUACUUCCAAUCUGUCAAGGGCGCCACCGCUAUUGAAUCGGGCGUUGACAACCUGCCCAUUGUCAUUUCGGUCGCUAUAUUCGCUGUCCUUGGUGGACUCUUUGUCGCAAAGACCGGCUAUCCAACGCCAACCAUGUUUGCCGGCGCCUUAGUCGGCACAAUUGGGUGCGGUCUGCUCUAUACCUUGGAGCAAAACACCUCGCCGGGGAAAUGGAUUGGUUACCAGAUCCUCACCGGCUCUGCUAUCGCCUUCUCGGUCCAGAACGGCCUCAACAUUGCGCAGGCGAGUGUUGACCCCGAAGACCUGCCAGCCGUAACGGCUAACCUUUAUUUCUUCCAGACAGUUGGCGGUGCUUUCACAGUCUCUGCGGCACAGGCUGCCUUUAUCAACCAGGCACUUGAUCGGUUGCGUACAUCUACAACCGAUAUCGAUCCAACACGACUUAUCACGGCAGGCGCUUCGGAGCUGCGGAAAGUGUUCGCUCAAGAAGAGCUCCCUGGUGUGCUAAUCGCAUACAUGCACGGGCUCAAAGCCGCCUUUGCUGUCUCCAUUGGUCUCUGCGGCAUUGCUUUCCUGACAACCUUGUUCAUCCCUUGGGGCAGACUACCGACCCACGAGCCAGGUGCAGACAAGCAAAGCAUGUCCAUUCUCGAUUCUGCAUAA